AUGGCAAAAGCACGGCGGAUUCAAACAGCCUCACACAACGACACUACCGUCACGGUGGCGCUGCGCCGUCGUCUGCUGCGGGGCUGUGAAGAUGCUGCCGCGGUGGUGCGGGUGCUCUGUCGCCGCCGUGAUCUGGCGGUCCAGUCAUCCCCGCCAUGGCGACAGUCGCGUUCAAACGGGGCGGCGAAAAAGAACGGGAAAAGCCGAACGACGCGGAAGGAGCAGCUGGUGUGUGCAAGGUGCCGGCUCAGCAAGCAGCACUGGCCCUACUGCGGUUUAUCGGGUGAAGAACACGUCGUGGAGGAGUAG